AAAGUAAACUCCAACGAUGAGUUCCAACUCUGCACUUGAAUUGAAAUCUGCUCUCUCACAACUCAAUCGCGAACGUUCUGAAAUGGUCAAAGAUCUGGAAAAGGCACAAAAAGACUAUGUGGCUGCAAGAAACAUGCACAAGUCUACUGGCUCUCAAAAUCACCUUGAAGUUGUUAACACAUGCUGGAAGAAUGUUCAAGCGGCACAAAAAGCUCAUCAGAGCAAAGUAGAAGAAUUUCAUAUGGUUCGCCGUUCAUUCGCGGAUGCAGUGAGGGAGAGUCCGGAAUCUUGUUCUAUUAAAAAUCGAGAAAGCAAUCCAUCUUCAACCAAUGAUCAAGAUUUAGCCGCCAAAAAAGCUGUUCUGGAUGCCGAAUUCCGAGAAGAAGCCAUCAGAGACGGAGUUUUUAUCCCAACUCAACGAUACAACUCUACACUUCCACCACCCUUGGUUCGAAAUGAAUAUGUUGCCGAACCAAAGAAAUCGACCGCUGAUGAAGAUUUCGAAAAGCGGAUGGUAGAGCUUCAACGUCAAGCUUCGAAGUAUGCAAAGAUUGGUGAUUCAGCGGUAUUAAAAGAUCGCUCAACUGGAUUGACAGCUGCUACCAUACAGCUCUUCGCAGAAUAUUUUCCCAAGCGCCGCGAGCUGUCAAACGCUCGAAAAGACUUCAUGACAGUACUGAAUUUGCAUGCUUCUACUGGUUUUCUAAAAUACUGUGAAGCGGUUAAUGCAAGCAGGAAACACUUAGAAGCGGUAGAAGAGGCUUAUCGGAAAACAACCAAUGAGCUUUGCAAGGAUCUUAAUGAAUAUCCGAUGGAGUCUGAUAAAGAUGUCAAAGAGCGUGCUUCAAAGUAUGCAGAGAUCUGUCGUUUAAAGGAAUCAGAAGAUCAACUUUUGGAUCUGCUAAAGCCGGCAUCCAGCGAAUUAAUCCCGUUGUUCAAUGAAAUAGUGAAUCUGUCCGGCAUUCGUACCAAGAAGACACCGACUCAAACCACUGAAGCCUCACAGAUUGCUCCAGAAAGCAUUUCUACCUCAAAUGUAGAUCCAGCAACUCAACUAGAUCCUGAAACUACCCAGACAUCACCGCUCACCUCGGCCCCAGUUUCUUGGUUCAACUCUGAAAGUUCCGAUAUAAACCAAGACAUCACAUCAUAUCCGGAUCUAGUACACCACCCUGGUGUAGAUUCCGAAAAACAGAUGGUCGAGUUUCAUCGUCAAGCUUUGAGGCUUUAUGAACUUCAGACUUCUCAGACACUUGCUUCUUGUUUUGAUUCUGAAAGUCAAGAAGUGAACUCAUUGCUCAAUAAUGCGUUCGUUGAAGCCUCAGAGAUUACUGAAGAAAACAUUUCGACCACAAAUGUAGAAUCUACAUCACAGUCAGAGCCAACAGAAGUAACUCCAGAAACUACCCAGGAAUCAGCACCCACCUCUGCUCCAGUUGUCUGGUCCGAAGCCCCAGGAUAUGGUGCGAGACAAGAAUGUAAUCCUCGGAUGUGCACCAACAGACAACACUCUUCUCCAAUCAGGAUCCGUCAUUGCACAUCAAGAAAUGUCACAACUUACAGUGUCUAUUGCUGGAAGAGACCUUCUCACGUAUACACCUACAAUCAUCAAGAGGAGAAAUUCGAGCAGCACAAGUGUCUUGCCUGUGUUCCAAGAGUUCAAGAAAACCACUUAUUCCCCACGUGUGCAGUUUGGAACGAGAAAAUCUCCAAUUUCGUGAUUUUCAUGGACAAUAUGGUGACAAAGCAAAAAGAUGAGCAGUACAUGUUCAGCUUCAAGACUGGGGGAUUCGAGCAAGUGAACUAUCCGGAGGUGCAACCAGCUCAAGGACCGAAAAACACUGAUUUUGUAGCAGCAGUCAAUGGAGAUGGAGAUGAUCAAGUGAUCAUCCAAAAGUCACGAUUUGGUGUGAAGAAGCUGGAGUUCAGAUAUGGAAAGUAUGUGAAGAUUCCGAGUGUUGAAGUGAGAACUCUUUUGAUGAAGGAGCUGGAGGGUGUGGAGAUGGUUCAAGAACCAUCCAGUACUCUUCCAUUAUCCACAAUCCGCUGGUGUCCAACAUACAGUCAGAGUGCUCUCUAUAUCUUCUCCAGUCGAUUGGGACAUUAUCUCAAGUACGCAUUCAACCCAUCUACACAGCAAUUCGAGCAACUCAACUGUUCGGGAUGCCCAUUAAAUGUUGAGGAAUGGCACUUGUGUCCAUUAUACGCAGAGUACGCUGAUUCUAUCAAAACCUAUGUAAUUCAUGUCUUCAACGAUUUCACAAAGGAGAUUGAGAAGUAUAUGUAUUGCGUGACAGGAAAAUGUUUCUAUCAAGUUACAUGUCCGGAAAUCGUCUACGAUUCAUCGAAGGCCCAUAGCUCAACAGUGCUUUUCACCGUUUCUGCUCCAAAUCACCCAUUCACAAUUUUUAUGAAGGAUGUUAAUGGAAGAAUUAAGAAGGAGCAACUCAACGGGCUUCACAAUGGUUAUAUGGAACUUCCCAGCGCCAAAGUCUACACGUUGUAUGCGAUGAGAUGUAAUAAUUCGGCUGGAACUACCGGCAUCUGAAAAUAUAUUCAUUUUUGCAAUAUUUCCAUUUGAUUUUCAUUGUUCUGACCUGUCCUUUUUUGAUAAUUAAUUUCAAUAAAUUAUGUUUU